AUUAUCCGCACAUGUAUUUCAGGAACGGUGCAAGCCCUGUCGGAUUUACGAGUACAAGCAAAAAAUCAAUAACCAGCGUCGUCUUUCUCUCUCUCGCUGAUCUCUCCGUUCUUCCAUGUCGAUGGUUUCUGGGAUUCAAGGACUGCUCCUCGAGGUCACAGUUGUGGGUUGCAACAAAUUGAAGGACACCGAGUGGAUUUCUAGACAGGAUCCGUACGUCUGUCUCGAGUAUGGCAGCACCAAGUUCCGGACAAGGACCUGCACAGAUGGUGGAAAGAAUCCGACGUUCCAAGAGAAAUUUGUAUUUAACCUCAUUGAAGGCCUGAGGGAGCUUAGCAUUGCAGUAUGGAACAGCAACACCCUCUCUUUUGAUGACUUCAUUGGCAGCGGAAAAGUUCAGCUCCACAAGGUUCUUUCACAGGGCUUCGACGACACUGCCUGGCCUCUUCAAACUAAAACCGGCAGGCAUGCUGGAGAGGUCCGUCUCAUAUUACAUUACGCUAACGCAACUAAACCCAUGACCAGCGGCUUCCCAUCAGCUCCACCAUGCUACCCGCAGGCACCACCAAAUUAUUCUACACCACCGCCUCCUGCGGUGUCACCUUAUGGCCCACCACCACCCACAGCUUACCCGGCCCCUCAUCCGUACUCUGCGUACCCUCCACAUCCAGCUGCAUAUCCUCCACCACCGUAUAUUCCUGCUCAGCCCUCUGCUUAUCCUCCUCCUGCUUAUCCUCCACCCUCAGCCUACCCACCGCCUCCCUACCCUCCUCCACCUCCUGGUGCUCCUUACUGCCCCCCAGGUCCUUAUCCCGGACUUUAUCCUCCGCCACCCUACUGAGAAGGAACUCAUCAAGCAAAGAAUUUGCAUUCUAACAUUCUGUGGACAUUGCGUGUAGAUUUUGUAGAUGAAUAGUUUGGUAGUUUGUACUUGUUAACUGUUUCUCCAGGAAACUGUCAAUAUUGGAAUUCUUUUCCCUUCCAUUUUUAACGCUUCUCAUCAGAUUAUCGUAGGGUCAUAGAUGCAAGGGUUCUAUUGUAAAUGAUACUGAACUAUUAUGUUGCCUUCUUAGUUGUCUUCCCAAGAACAUGAACAUACAUAAGAGUAACGUGACUGCAUCA